AUGAUGUCCGAAACUGCGACGUGCGCCAAAUAUGAAUCUAUUACGGUCGGCCUCGUCCACAAUUAUUUUGAUUUAAACGUCGCUGCUCAGAUUGCCCAGUAUCCGGGUCCUAUUCUCAUUCUUCGGCGAAGCCACGAUGAAGUAAUAACCACCACGGGCCCUGAAUCCAACAGAGGAAACUACCUUAUUGUCAAACUUCUGAAAUACAGAUUUCCCUUCCUCUUCACGGAGGAGUCCGAACAAAGGCUGUGGCAAUUUAUCCUACUGGGUGCAGCGCAGCAGGAGGAAUUUCUCGCGACCAAGAACAUCACUGAUGACCUCAUGGAACCCAUCUUGAAACGCGAAUUGAGCAAACUAAGCCCUGGGAGUGAAGACAAGGCGGCGCCCACCUUCCCCUCCAAUCUC